AUGAUCAUUGAAUCACGCAAGUUUGUGCAUCAAACAGACGAUGGCCAGCCUGAACAGAACCACGGGCAGCAAGAGCAACAGCACAACCUCCGUGGCCUCCAUCAUUGUCAACCGGGGCCCAAUCUUUACACCGUUGGCUACUUCUUCAUUGGCUUCCUCAUCACCAUCUCCUCCUCUAUCCUCAAUGCCUUUGGCAACAAUCUCCAGAAACUUGACCUCAAUAAACAGUCCAAAUUGGCCACCAGCCUUCACCUCCAGAAAUCGCGCUUCAGACCAAUCUGGCUGCUUGAACUGUUUCUCUACGGCCUCUCCCAAGUCAUGGGUAGCAUUCUGGCCCUACAGUACAUGCAAUCAGAUAGGUAG